AUGCCUGCCACUACGGAUGCCCUUGGUCUCCACCUUGUCUACACACCGCAACCUCUCAAAUUUGGCACAAGUGGCCGUCGCGGAGAAGUUAUUCAUUUGACUCAGCUUGAGAUUUACACCAACGUCUUCGCCGAGAUCCGUUACCUUCAAGCAAUUCCGCGGUCUAGAGGUGGCAUUAUACAUGGCGACGACUUUUAUUAUGCGCACGACCUUCGACCCAGCUCCACCGAGCUUGUCGACAAUGGCCGUGGAGGUCUCUGUCAAGCAGUCGAGAAGGCUUUGAGGAGGACAGGCAUGCGUCCCAUCAACCUAGGUGCAAUUCCCACGCCUGCUCUGACGUACUGGGCCCUCAAGCAUGGCAAGGGUAGCAUCAUGGUCACGGGUAGCCACAUCCCCUUUGACCGCAAUGGCUACAAACUCAAUACCUCCAAAGGAGAGCUCAUGAAGAGGGAUGAAGGGGGCAUUAACUACAUGCUUGCAACUACUCGGGAAGAGCUCCUCGCACAGCCCUAUAACGAAUCGCUCUUCGAUGCCCAUGGCACCAUCCGCAAUGCUGCCGCGCGGUCCAAAUUUAUGCCUCCUAUAGCCAAAGGUAAAAUAGCCUACAUUAGGCGUUACGUGGACUUCUUCAGGGGCGAAACGCUGCAAGGCAUGAAGCUCCUCGCAUACCAACACUCGGCCGUUGGGCGUGAUCUCCUGAUAGAAAUAUUCGAAGCUCUUGGCGCCGAGGUCACUGCUGCCGGCCGCAGCGACACAUUCGUACCUAUUGAUACCGAAGCCAUUGACCAGGCCCAGCUUGACACAGUCCAAGAACUUGUGAACAAGACUGGCGAGAAAUUCGACGCAAUCAUCUCCACAGAUGGCGACAGCGAUCGUCCGAUGAUAAUUGCUCCCGAGGGUAACGAGCUCCGCUUUUUCGGCGGCGACCUUCUAGGCAUGAUUACAGCUGAGUUCUUGGGUAUCGAUGCCGCUGUGGUCCCGAUCAGCACCAAUGAUGCUAUAGAUCGUGGACCUCUGGGUCCUGUCACUGAACCAAAGACCAGAAUUGGCAGUCCCUAUGUGAUUGCUGGCAUGGAGCGUGCCAUCUCGAAAGGUCGUCGUCGCGUCGUUGGUUGGGAGGCCAAUGGCGGCUUUCUCACAAGCUCUGACAUUGAACGCAACGGCAAUCUCCUAACUGCUCUUCCCACGCGUGAUGCGUUCCUCCCUCUACUCUGCGCUCUGUUCGCGGCGCACAACCGCAAGAUUACGCUCCCAGAACUCUUCGCUACGCUGCCCCGCCGUUUCAGCCGCGCUGCGUUGCUUCGAAAUUUCCCUCGCGCUACAAGCAUGAAGAUCAUAGAGCGGUUUUCGCCUUCUGAAGAUGUCAUCCAGGACGUCUGCUAUCACCCUCAGAUCACCAUUCGUGAUGCUGAACAAGCCACGCUCGAACUCAAGGACCAUCACGCCGAGCGACUUGACAGGAUCCGCCGAGAAUUACAAAGUGUCUUCUCUGCAGAAUUUGGAUUUGACCAGGUCACCCAGAUCCUCUACACGGAUGGAGUCCGCGUCAUCUUUUCCAAUGGCGAUGUUGCUCAUUUCCGCCCGUCGGGUAAUGCGGAUGAGCUUCGCAUUUACUCGGUCGCGGACACGCAAGAGCGUGCUGACUUUAUCACUAGCCUGGGAGUUGCGGAACCAAAUGGCCUUCUGAGACGUUUGGAGCAGAUGGUUCAAGCUGCAAGACCUCUUGCCCGUGAUUUUUAG